AGCCACUAGGUGCUCGACACUAUGGCGGCAGUCUGUUUCCUGCCUGUUUCUUGUUUCGCCCCGUCAGAUUAAAUGAAUGUAACCGUUUCAAUAGCUCGGUUAGAACAAUGUGUCAUAUACCCCUAAGUGAAGACAUCAAAACUUUUUACUUAUGAAUGUGCUGAUCCCCAUGAAAGUACCAUAAAGUGAAGAGGAUAACAGGUGUUUACAGCCGGUGGCCGUCCAACAACGAACUUGUACUUAUUGAACUCCGUGUGCACCACUGUAUAUUUUUGUUGCCUUUGAGGUGUGUCUGAAACGGUUUUAUCUUCCUUUAAAGGUAUAAGUGUGAAAUUGAACUACUCUUAGUGAAUGCCUUCAAACAACGAAAUGAACAAGAAACUAGAAGUAAAACUUCAUGCAAUGCCCUGGUUCCAUGGGAAAAUUUCAAGGGAACAAGCAGAAAACCUGCUACAACCAAGAGAAGAUGGUCUUUUCUUGGUUCGUGAGUCUACCAAUUAUCCUGGAGACUACACUCUCUGUGUCAGUUAUCAAGGGGAGGUUCAACAUUACAGAGUCAUAUACAAAGAUAACAAACUGACCAUUGAUGAAGAGGAGUUCUUUUCUACCUUGGCAGAGCUUGUUGAACAUUAUGAAAAGGAUGCAGAUGGACUUUGUACCCGUCUUGAGAGGAGUGUUGCUAAACAGGGCAAAACGGACUUCUGUGUUGAUCGAAAGGACUUUGAGGAAGCAGGCUGGAUCAUUCAAGAAAAAGAUCUCCAACUUAAGGAGUCAAUAGGGAAAGGAGAAUUUGGUGAUGUGAUGCUAGGUUCUUUUAAAGGAGAAAAAGUAGCUGUUAAAAUAUUGAAAGAUUCAAGCAAAGCAGCACAAAAAUUUCUUGCUGAAGCAUCAGUAAUGACAUCUUUACGUCACCCGAAUCUAGUUCAACUACUUGGCUUGGUGUUCAACGAUCAGCAUCAGCACCUCUACCUGGUCACAGAAUUUAUGAGUAAAGGAAGUUUAGUAGAUUACCUUCGCUCAAGAGGCCGGUUACAUGUCACCAAACGAGAUCAAAUCAAAUUUGCCUAUGAUACCUGUUCAGGAAUGGAAUAUCUUGAAUCGAAAAAAGUUGUUCAUCGAGACUUGGCGGCCCGAAACGUCUUGGUCGCUGAGACCGGAGAUGCUAAAGUUUGUGAUUUUGGAUUGGCUCGCGAAGAAAUAUACAAUCAAGAGGGAGGCAAGUUCCCCAUCAAAUGGACAGCACCAGAGGCAUUGAGACAUAGUAAAUUUUCCAACAAGUCGGAUAUGUGGAGUUUUGGGAUUCUCCUGUGGGAAAUCUACUCUUUCGGACGAGUCCCUUACCCGCGUAUUCCUCUUGCAGACGUUGUGAAGCACGUGGAAAAGGGCUACCGAAUGGAAAAACCUGAGGGUUGUCCGCAAGAGAUUCAUGACUUGAUGAGACAAGCCUGGGACCUAAACGCUGAUCGGCGACCCACUUUCAACCAAGUCAAGCAACAGCUGGCCCAACUCAAAGACACUCCUAAUUUCGUCUGAACCAAAUGCACUUAACCCACUGAUUCAUUUGAUACCCCACCUUUCAUUUCCUUUCCAGUCUGUCGACGGGGUUCCGUGACCAAUGAAAUCAAACAAGUAAUCAAUUACGAAAUUGGGGAAACAUGGCGAAAGUAAUCAUGAAUUGGAGUUGUUUGCCAGACGUCAAUGGGGUAUCGAGCCGAUCCUCUCUUGAACUUGGAGAACCCACCAGGAAAAGAGGUAAAAUUAAACUAAGGUUUGCGCUUCAGAUCAAGAAUUGACAAACGUGCCAACCAUCAUCAGUUCGAAUCCAUCGUUAUCUAAAAAAAAAGCCUAUCUAUAAUUUAAAAAAUUCAACAUCGAAAUCACCAUCCAAAGAAAAUUAAGCCACAGUGCAAAUCAAGCCAAGACGUUGCGACGUCAUCGGAGCUUCCUUUUGCCCCAUCUUCCUUGAUCAUUCUUUAGGCUUCGUUUUAACACAUUUUUUUUCCAAUCGUCCUGAAUAUCCGAUCAAUCUGCUAUUAAUUUUUUGUUUACGAUAAUGUUACGAUUAUUGCCUGCCUUGACCGUGUUAACUGUACAUAAUCUGGUUGUGCUUACCUCUGCUGUUUGGUUCUUUUUGAAAAUUAAAUUAAUACGUGUAAUACAUUUAUAUACGCCUUUA